GUUUCUGCUGCUGUCUAAAGUGUUUAUAAAAAGGUUGAGAUCAGAAAUUUGAGGAUUUCAUUACCAUUUGACUCAGCUGCUUCCGAUAUUCAAAUUAAUUAAAAAGCAUUCUCUUGAACAUGUAUUUUAGCAAGCAUAUAAGGGAAUUGAUCGUUAUAGUUCUCGUGAUUGAGUCGUCACUAUGUGACAUGAAUGAACCGCGCUGUUACAGUCGGUUUGACUACGAGGAGAAAAUGUUAGAGAAAAUGGUGAGAACUGAAAUCAAGAUGGAGGAGCUCCUCGGUAAACUAGACGCGCUUGGAAAGAGGCAAAUGCACGUAGAAACUGAGGUGGACUCUUCGGUAGAGGAUAUACACGCACUAGAAAAGAGGCUUACACACGCUGAAACUGAAGUGGACACUUCAGUAAAGGACAGUCAGGUUUUGAAAAAGAGGCUUACGCAACUUGAAACUGAGUUGGACAAUUCGACAAAGGAAAUACACGGUCUAGAAAAGAAACACGAUAUUGAAAAAGAGAAGUCAGUGAAGGCGAUUCACGAUUUGGAAGAAAGAUACAAUAGCUUACAAACUGACUUGAAAAAAAAUGAAAACACAACAAAAUCCUAUUUUGACGUGCGUGAAAAAUCACUUGAGGUAUUCGAUCAACGUCUGGACGCUAUUUCCAAGAAUAUUACAGAGGGUAUGCAUCAAUCUCCUGUUGCCUUCUUCGCCAUCCUGUCGACCGAUUUAAGAACAACAUCAUCCUUUCAGACCCUCGUAUUUACCAAAGUUGUCACGGACGUGGGCGGGGGUUACAACCCGGGGACAGGCGUGUUCACCACCCCGGUCGACGGUCUCUAUGUGUUCUCAACUUCUGUCAUGGUUAACCUGUCCACGUCGACGACCUUUGCUCAUAUCAGAAUAGACAAGAACGGAGGUAAGGUAGCGUACCUCUAUGCCAACGACAGUGACGGUGACUUCGAGACAGUCUCGGGUACAAUCAUUCUCUCACUGAAGGUCGGGGAUAAUGUGAAGAUGUUAUGCGAUCAAAGUGGACGAACCAUUCAUGAAUUUUCGAUCUUUUCCGGUUUUAGAUUAGAAUAAAUGCAUGCAUGAGCACAGAACAUUUUAAGUGAAUUGAGCUCGCCAUCGUUUUCUUAAAUGUUACAAUUCAUUUUAUUUUAAUUCAUAGAAACCUGAGUAUUAGUUCGUAAUUGUGAAUCUUGUCUGAGUGUGUGUCAUUUUGUUUGUCAGAUAUUACAUGCACCUGAAAAACAAAAUCAUGUAUUUUGCCAAUAUACCCUACAUCAGCCCGAUACCGUAUUUUGACAUAUCAUAAACUGUCAUAUACUUUGUAAAGAUUUGAAAGUUUUCAGCAUUUAAGUUGUACCUGCUCAGUUAUGAAUUUUCAUUAGGGCCAUAGCCUGUGAAUAUAUUGAUCUAAAACGCGACACACGAUAGCAUGAGAGGAAAACGCGAAAUCCCGAGACUACGAUAACGAAAACGCAACAGUUCGAUGAUGGUGAACGGCAAUACGAUAACGAAAACAGAAUAAUACGAGAGAAAGAAGAUGAUAGUGCGAUAUACUCUUGUGUUUCACCAGAGUACUGUCGCGUUUUCGCCAUCGUAAUAUCGCGUUUUUUUUAUCGUAGUAUCGUACUAUCCCAUUAACAUCAUCGUACUUUCGCGUUUUAAGAUCGUAUUGUCGCGUUUUAAUUUUCUUACUGUUGAGUUAUCAUCAUCGUACUAUUGCCUCAAAUAGAAUUACGUCACGUCAUCUUAACCUGACAAGAGCACCUGUCUACUACUUCUGCUACUGCUGCUGCUGCUAAUUCUUCGUAUUCUACUACUACUAUUACUACUACUACUACUACUACUACUACUACUACUACUACUACUACUACUACUACUACUACUACUACUACUACUUAUACUCCUACUACUACUACUACUACUACUAACACUACAACUACUACUACUACUACUACUACUACUACUACUACUACUACUACUACUACUACUACUACUACUACUACUACUACUACUACUGCUACUACUACUACUACCACUACUACUACUACUACUACCACUACUACUACUACUACUACUACUACUACUCACCUACUACUACUACUAUUAAUACUACUACUACUACUACUACUACUACUACUACUACUACUACUACUACUACUACUACUACUACUACUACUACUACUACUACUACUACUACUACUACUACUACUACUACUACUAUUUAUAUUAUUAAUAUUAUAAUUAUUACUACUAUAUCGCCUAAAACUCAUAUAAUUUGAGUGUAAAAACACUAAUAUUUUAUCAUUGAAAGUACAUACAGCUUUUCCUCAUACUCAAAAAAGUGCUCUUGGGUUGUAAUGUGUUGUGUAUGUGUUUGACUAUAUAUGUAAUAACAUGUAUAUCAUAAUAUGUUCAUGUAAUUGUCAUGUCCGUGUAUCAUAGUUCUUAAGCUCGGAGUUAAACUGUAUACAUCUACUAUAACAAACCUAAUCGAAAGAUAUUUGGUUAAUGUAUAUUGUAAUUAAAUAAAUGCAUUUUCCCUCUUUAAUGAUAUGUGCAUGUGUCAUGUAUAAAUGUUUAAUAAAUAACAUGUAAGGACUGCGACUGUUAUUCAAACAUUCCAAUGAAACGUAAACAUAAGACCAGCAAUAGGAAAUAAAAUGAAAUGACACCAGUAAAAUCAUUUUGUUGGCAUGAUUAUUGACCAUUGGAAUCAAAGGUGUAGCCACAUUAUUUCAUCCAGAUAAAAUAAACUAGUUGAAACAGACUCUACUGAUACAAACUCUAUUUCAAAGUAUGUAGCAUUACAUACAAUUCUAGUCCAUAAUUAGUUAUUUGCUACACACGUUUUUCCAACUAAUGGUCAAACGGGUCAGGUGUUCGGACAAUGUUGUCAAAACACAUUACCGACACAACAACUGCGGUAUCUCAUUGCAACAUAGUUUUCGUUUCCGCAACAAAAAACUUAGACAAUAAGAUACAUUUUUAGGAUUUGAACCCAUCUUGUGUCUGAGAUAAUGUGAUCGUGACCUCUGGACAUUUAGUAAUAAUGAAGCAAACG